UGCGCAGAGAGUCGGGCCUAUCCGUCCUAUAGCACGCCAAUCGAGACUACGCGUUCAUAGCGCUUAUAGCAGAUCUAUAAACAUAAUAGAUAGUAUUGUGCGCUUAACUACUACGGUUCAUCACUUAGCCAGAAUAUUUGUUUAUCUAAAUGUUUUCAAACACGCCGUGGAAAUCGCUCGAUGUUCCAGUCAUCACCUCAUUUCCUGUGUAGAGUUUAGUAAUUCGGACUUUCGGAUCUGUUCGAGCGCGAGCGACGGGAUCUGAUACCGAUCUGAAGGCAGAAUCUCCGGAGUGCAGGCCCUUAUCCAGUCGAGGCCAUGGCAGACUUUUCGCUUGCUGAUGCUAUCCCGGAUGAUGUUUCUGGUGUAUCAUCAAAAACUAGUCACACACAUCCAUCAGCUCCUGGAAAUGGGGCCCCACCCCCCACUAAUCCUGGGUGGCCUGGUAUGGCCCCUGGUGGUCCUAAUUUCCCAUCCUCAGGAGGUCCUUCCCAACCAUCAGCCCCUUCCGGCUUUCCUCAGUCUGGGCCGUCUGCCCCUGGACCCUUCCCCUCCAGCCCAGGAGCCCCGGGCCAGUUUCCUGCUGCCCCAGGUGGAUACCCUCCAGGCCCGGGUGUACCUGGACAGUUCCCCUCCAACCCUGGAGCUCCAGGACAGUUCCCCCCAAUGCCAGGUCAGUUCCAACCAGGUGGGGCACCCAUGCCAUACCCAGUUCCUGGACAGUUCCCCUCCCCACCUGGAGCACCACAGGGCCCAUACCCAAAUGUGCCUUACCAGCCUGGAAUACCUGGGCCUGGCAUGUACGGUCCAGGAGGCCCUGGAGCCUUUCCCCCAGAUGGAGGUCCAGGAUAUGGAGGAGGAGUGUUUCCCCCAAUACCUGUAGGGUCCUGGGGUCCCCAUGGAGGGGGCUUCCCUCCUCAGCCCGGCCCGCCAGGAGGCUUUGGUCCUGGACCUAUGGGACCAUACGGUGGACCAGCUGCUCCAGGUGGAAUGCUGCCAGUGCCGUAUGAUCUUCCGCUGCAUGCAGGGGUCAUGCCCUGCUUCCUGAUCACGAUAGUGGGUGAGCCAGUACCAGGAGGAAACAGGUUCCAUGUGGAUUUUAUGAGGGGGCCUGAUGUGGUUUUCCAUUUCAACCCUCGUUUUCAUGAGCACACCAUCGUACGGAACUCAAACCUUGGGGGCUGCUGGGGUCCUGAGGAGAGAGAAGGGGGCUUUCCCUUUGUGCAGGGCAGACAGUUUGAGCUAAAGAUCCUGGUGGAGACAGAUGGGUUUAAGGUGGCUGUGGACGGUGUUCAUGUGCUGGAGUACGAGCACAGAACGGGCGGAAUGGAGGAUGUCACUAACCUGCAUAUAGAGGGAGAUGUUAUUCUGUUCAGCGUGGCCCCCAGCAUGAUCUAACAAACAAAAGGGCAUAGGAGCGAUUUGACAAUUAAGGCAUCAAGGCAUCUCCCAGAAAGGGGAAAUGAAGAAAAUAGAAAUUUCUGAAAGUUAUUAUGAUUGCCAUACCACCCCCUCCCACACUUCACACACACUGCAGUUGUCUUUUUAGUGCAGAUUAACACAGGAUUGAUAUAAUUGAAAGAUAUUACAUUCUGUAUAAGUGUGGAAGAGUUUGACCACUCUUAGAGAUGCUUAGCAGCCUGAUAAUGCUGUUAUUUCUAAAACUUUUCUGUUUUUCCAUCAAAAUGCAUUAAGCACUAGUUUUUGAUAUGCAUGACUAACAUGAAUAAUUUGACAUUUUGUUCCAACAACACCUGCUGUGCAUAUGAGAUCUAAGUAGUAGAGGACAGUGCACCCAAUUAAAUUUCUGUCAUAAUUUAUUUGCCAUCAUGUUGUUCUUAAUCUGUAUGACUAAUUAUUCUGUGGAACAACACAAAAAGAGAUGUUCGGCAGAAUGUUAACAUCCAUUUAUUUCAUUGUAUGGAAAAGAGAUGCAAUGAAAGUGAAUGGUGACUGAGGCUAACAUUCUGCUAAAUAUCUCUUUUUGUGCGCCAAGGAAUAAAGAACAUCACACAGGUUUGGAACAACAUAAAGGUAAGUGUUGACAGAAUUAUUAUUUUUGAGUAUACCUUUAAAGGGAUUGUUCACCCCAAAUUUUAAUUUUCAUUAUUAAUUUGCCUUUAUGCCAUUCCAGAUGUGUAUGACUUUAUUCUGCUGAACACAAAUGAAGAUUUUUAGAGGACAAUUUAAUUUCUGUAGGUCCUCACAAUGCAAGUGAAUGUUGGCCAGAAUUUUGAAUCUCCAAAACGUACAUAAAGGCUGCAUAAAAGUAAUCCAUACGACUUUGGUGGUUUAAUUCAUGUCUUUAGAAGAGGUAUGAUAGAUGUGGGUGAGAAACAGAUUAAUAUUUAAGGCAGGGCUCCAGACUAAAAAAAUGACUUAGAAGCCAUUGGCUCCUAAACUGAAACAUUAAGCCAAAUGGCUGUUUAUAGUCGCCAAAUCACAGAAUUGCUCGAUUUAGAUUGCUGUUCAGAUGCAUGUUGGAAAGCAGAAGAAAAUAAAGAUGGCUGAUAACUCAUUAAUCUGAGGUUUAAUAUACAGAAUGUAUAGUUCAGAAGAUAAAUUUGGAUUCCCCUUUUGUCUCAUAAAUGUUCACACCCCUUUCGUAAUGUAUGCAAAUAUAAGAGAUAAAAUAUUGUAUUUUAUUUAGUACUGCCCUUCAGAAUCUACAUUACAUAUAUUUACAUAAAGUAUAGUAUGCAUAUAGGAGUGUGUUACCUUCUUGAGCAUCAAUGAAUGUUUGCACCUUUUGUAAUAGUUUUACACAAGUCCCUCAAUUGUCUUAAGUGUCAAAAGCUUGAUAUAUAUAAUUUAAUUGUUUUAAAAUAUUGCCUUAAUCAUGCUACCUAUGGACCAGACUACAAGAGUGCAAAUUGAAUGAAAUCCCAGAUUGCAGUUUAUUGUGCUACUCCAUUCUCAAUCAGUAAUAACCAAAAGGGGGUAAAAAUGGCACACAAUGCAUUACUUUUAAUUAUAAAGAAGUGCGAAAAAUAGACUCUUAUGUUAAAAUGUCUACACUCACAGAUGUGAGCUCACUGACAGCUGACUCGCUGAGAAAGUGAUUCUGAUUCAAACUGCUAACCUGAGUUCAAACACUCAGUUCUUUUCGGGUGAUUAAUGAAAAAGGUCCGGUUCAAAAUAGUAAUUUGACUCUUUUGUGAUGCUGUUGUUGUUGUGCAAUGCAACGAGCACCUCAGAAACAGAGCGGGUGAUAAGCGGCGCGAGACACAUUGGCGCUCUAAAGAUGUAUUCAGUAACUCACAUUAUGACAUCUGACCCGACUGUCUCUCUAAAUCUCUAGUUUCACAACUUAACGUCACUUGCGGUGCCUUUUUAAUUACACUUUCACACCUGAAAGUGGAGAUUUAAAAUAAAAAUGACUAAGAUAUUGAUCUGUUUCUCACCCACACCUACCAUAUCACUUCUGAAGACAUGGAUUAAACCACUGGAGUUGUAUGAAUUACUAUUAUGCUGCCUUUAUGUGAUUUUUGAGCUUUGAAGGACUGGCCACCAUUCACUUGCAUUGUAUGGACCUACAGAGCUGAAAUCUUCAUUUUUGUUCAGCAGAAAAAAGAAAGUUAUACAUUUGGGAUGGCAUGAGGGGGAGUAAAUGAUGAGAGAAUUUACAUUUUUGGGCGAACUAUCCCUUUAAACUGGUACAUUAACAAGCUGAUAAAAUUGGGUCAUAAACACAUUCAGGAAAGAACAGAGCUGUGAAGCUGUGCUGAAUUAGAUAAGGUCUAAAUGGCAGAAAUAUUUCUUUAUUAGGAAUGAAUGUUUUAAUACAAUCUUAUAAAUGAAAUCAUGGUGAUAUUGGAGAAAAAAUAACAAUAAAUUAUGUUUUACCCUUA